CUCUGUCCUGGUGAGGGACAACCCAUUGGAUUCGAAGACCCACGAAAGGAUCUUCAGAGUUGCAUCCAGGACUAAUGGCUCUACCAAUGAACCCCAUGGACGAGCCUCGGGUGUACCAACAGACGCUCCUCCAAGAUGGCCUGUACGACCUUUUGGAGAAUGACAAGCUGGUGGACUGCGUCUUGAAAAUCAAGGACAAGGAGUUUCCGUGUCAUCGCUUGGUCCUGUGUGCCUGCAGCUCCUACUUUCGCACACUCUUUCUGUCUGAUGUGGACGAGAGCAAAAAACGUGAGGUGGUUCUGGAGGACGUAGAGCCAGGAGUCAUGGGGCUGAUCCUCAAGUACUUGUACACUUCCAGGAUCAACGUGACGGAGCAGAACGUCCAGGACAUCUUCGCCGUGGCCAACAUAUACCAGAUCCCGUCUAUUUUCACAGUGUGUGUAUCCUUCCUCCAGAAACGUUUGAGUCUCAGCAAUUGCCUGGCAGUCUUCAGGCUUGGCUUGAUGCUGGACUGUCCCAGGUUGGCUGUCUCGGCGCGGAACUUUGCCUGCGAGCGCUUCCGCCUCAUCUCAAGGGACGAGGACUUCCUUCAGCUGCAGCCCAGCGAGCUGGCGGCCAUCCUGGCCCACGAUAACCUGGACGUAGAUUCAGAGGAGCUCGUGUUUGAGGCGUUGAUGAGAUGGGUGGCGCGAGACUUAGGGGAACGGGAAAAGGACCUGCCUGGAUUGCUGGACUGCGUUCGCUUACGCCUGCUAGGUGAGGAAUACUUAAAAGAAAAGGUAGAGAAGAACAAACUCAUCUCCAAUAAUCCAGAGUUGAAGAAGAAGCUCCAGUUGGUCAGGGAUGCUCAAGAUGGGAAAAUGCCUGAAGCGAAAGCUGCCCACAAGAAGAAGGAAGACGGCUCCGAGAACAAUGAGGAUGAGGAACAAGAGGAGACCCUUCUUCCGAGCAUCCUGAAUGACAACAUGCGCUUCGGAAUGUUCGUUCGUGAACUGAUUCUGAUGAUCAGCGACGCGGGGUCGGUGGCCUACGACCCAAAUGGGAAUGACUGCUUCAUGGCAUCAGUCUCAACACAGGUUCCAAAGAACCACGUCAGCCUGGUCACAAAAGAGAACCAGAUCUUUGUGGCUGGGGGCUUGUUCAUUGAUGAGCAGAACAAGGAGGAUCCGCUCUGCUCUUACUUUUUACAGUACGACCCCGUCAACGCUGACUGGCUAGGCAUGCCACCACUCCCUUCUCCACGCUUCCUGUUCGGGCUCGGGGAAGCCGAGAACUCCAUCUUUGUGAUGGGAGGGAAGGAAGUGAAGGACCAGGAGCACACGCUGGACUCAGUUCUGGUCUACGACAGACAAUCUUUCAAGUGGGGUGAGUCAGACCCGCUUCCCUACGCAGCCUACGGACACGCGACAGUUUCUUCCAACGAUGUGGUUUACGUCAUUGGAGGAAAAGGAGACGACAAGAACUGUUUGAGCAAGAUGUACGCGUACGACGCCAGGCGGUUCGAAUGGAAGGAGCUAGCGCCAAUGAAGACGGCUCGAUCGUUAUUUGGUGCAACUGUACACCAAAACAAAAUCUACGUAGCGGCUGGAGUCACAGAUACAGGUCUGACCGAUUCCGUAGAGGUGUACGACAUCGCCACCAACAAGUGGUCAGACUUUGAGCCGUUCCCUCAAGAACGCAGUUCCGUGAACUUGGUGUCUCUGGGGGGUUCGCUUUUCGCUGUGGGAGGUUUCGCCAUGAUGCCUUUAGAGGACAGUGAGGAGAUCAUUCCCAAAGAGAUGAACGACAUAUGGAGGUAUAACGAAACGGAGAAAAAGUGGAACGGGAUCCUCAGAGAGAUCCAGUACGCCUCGGGCGCCACUAUUCUGGCGGUCCGACUCAACACGCUGCGUCUCACCAAGAUGUAAAUAAAAUUGAAACAGUACGUGUGGAAUUGUUCCCCAGCAAAGCCCUCCAAACAUGGCCUUUAAGGAUGACCUAGCAUAAAAAGAGUCUCCACAUAACUAUUUUUCCACAGUUGGAAGUAGGAGUGGGAACCUCACGAUACGAUACGGUUUGCGAUACAAAGCUCACGAUAACUAAGACGAUACGGCAACGAUUAUCGAUACAUUGGUCAGGAAAUCAUUCUAGGAUAUUCUAAAACCAACUAAUAAACAGAAAAACAAGCUUCUGCUGUGAAUUGGAAUUGGAGUUUGUCACGAGUAGACGACCAAUCCAUUUGAACUGGGAGGGUGGCAGCGAAUGAAUGAAUUCCCACUUCAAACAGAUUGAACGUUUAUGGCCGUCAGUGGCAGCCAAUGCCAGGCAACGAGGUAAUUUUGGGCCAUUCAAGGUCAUUUACCUGUUAAUUUUCAGUUACUUCCUGUUGAUUUUGGGGUAUUUUAUGGGUCACUUCCUGUUCAUUUUGUGUUACAGA